AUGGCCCCUCCUCUGGUUGGCCAGCAUCCAACCGGCGUCCCAGAGGAGGGUAAAGAGGGGUCAAGCAGUACCACUGGCCCCUCGGGCUUCGGCCCAGAACCUGCCCCAACCGACCAGGCCGACCACCUGCCGGCGGUUGAGGGCUCGAUUGGAUCGGUGGACUUAUUGGACUUCUCGUCCACAUCGAGAUUUGAUGGCAGCUCCAGUACGAGUGAGGAGCACUCAACGCUCCAUAGCGUCCCAUCAAUAAUGUCCCUUGAAGCCUUCGAUGAGAAUGCAGCCUCUGAAGAACCAUUAGAAGAUCAAAAUGCCCGCAUUCGAUGGCAAAGGGACUUCUGGAAGGAUCAGUGCCGCAUAAUUUGGGAAAAACAAGCGACAUUGGAAAAAAAGUCGAAUUCUACCAAGAAGCCCUGAAAGAGGCGGAAGUUGAGGCCAAGAAGGCCAGAGAAGCCGCCUCCGCCGCCACCAAAAAGGCCGAAGAAGAAAGGGCACUGAAGGAAGCGGCAGAAAAAGAAGUCGCUGAACUGCAAGCCCGCCAUCGGCAACACCUUCGGACAGCAGUCGCCGACGGCCGGCCACCAAGGGCCGACAGAUCCAGAAGCCCGCUGAUGACGACAGCGUGGUCAAUAACGCCAACAACUGCGGACAUCCUAAGGCUUGACGUCACCCAGCCUCCAGUGACCCAACACUCGCCGCCACCUACAGAAGCACAAAAUCACGAGGCUCCUGGGCCUUUGCGAAGAAUGGCGAAGUGCAAAAGGCGAUGUUGUUAUCAGCCCUCAGCUGACCCUCAACGUCCUCGGCCCCACCGAAGGUCGAGGGAACUUCAAGGACUUGGCCCAGUGCUUCAAGAAGAGGACAAUGGCCCAGAAGAACACCAACGUCCACGAAGAGAACGAAAGCCUCCUUCACGUCUCAUCGUGGACAUGUCGAGCCGAUCGUAUCGGACUUCACAGGAGUCCAGGUUGCCUCGUAAGUCAAUUUUUUCGAUAUCUUUACCAUUUUUACCCAAAACGCCCUUCAAAAAUUUUCAAUUUCGCAUUUUUUCAAACGCUAUAUUUACUAUCGCAAUCUUAAUCAAUAACAACAAGAUUUUUUCAGGUCGAAGGGCAGUAAAUCCCUAUUAA